GACAACGAUGCAGAGGACGAUGAUGAAGAUUACGGCUACGUUGGAUAUGGUGCGAGAAGAGCACGGCGGAGGCGCACUGUCGUCGGAGAUCGCUAUCCACCAAUUCCAUCAGAACAAGGAAAGGAGUUGAUGGAGCAGGGCACAUUUGGCAACAACGAUCGAUGUCGGCAUACUGCUUGUGGUCUGCCCAUCGCGCAGGAAACUAGACGAAAGCGCCGAAAGCUUGCAUGGCGAAUGAUGGACCGGGAGAUGAGCCUCGAGCAUCGGGGACGACAGCGGGUCUUGAACAAUCUUGCUUCCCAGGAUAUGAUUCCAGGAUCAAAGGCAGACUUGAUCAUCAAUCUCAAUGCACGUUGCUACUCGGGCCAAUUCUCGGAAGACGGCUCCUUCUUCUUCGCAUGCGGUCAGGACUUUAAAGUGCGAAUGUACGACACCAGCAAUCCUUACGAUUGGAAGUACUACAAGACAGUACAUUACUACGGCGGACAGUGGACCAUCACAGAUGCAUCUCUGUCACCAGACAACAAGCUUCUCGCGUACAGCAGUAUCAGAAGCCAGAUAUGCUUGGCAAAUACAGAACAAGGCGAUGAGUCAGAACCCCGGCUUCUGGACUUCUCAGAUUCUGGCGGAGGAGGGCAUGGUUUCGGAGGCGCUGGUGGCUGGGGCCGCAGUCGAGGACACUUCGGUAUCUGGAGUUUACGAUUCAGUGGUGACGGCGGCGAGAUUGUCGCUGGUACAAGCGAUCAGAGCGUUUACGUAUACGAUCUGGAAGCGCAACGAAGUAUCUUGCGGAUACCUGGGCAUACUGACGAUGUCAAUGCCGUCUGUUUCGGAGAUAAGAUGAGUCCGCACAUUCUCUACUCUGGAUCCGAUGACACCACUCUCAAGGUCUGGGAUCGAAGGUCACUGGCCAGCAUGCGACCUGCAGGCAUGUUCUUGGGCCACACUGAAGGCUUGACCUACAUAGACAGCAAAGGCGAUGGCAGAUAUGUGAUCAGUAAUGGCAAGGACCAGACCUGCAAGCUGUGGGAUCUUCGGAACAUGGUGAGCACGGAUCAAGGAGAAAAGAUCAACCCGCAAGACUACACCACCAACUUCGAUUACCGCUUCAGCCCAUACGAUACCGACGACCACACACCACACCCUCACGAUUGCUCAAUCGUCACCUUCCGUGGUCAUCGUGUGCUCAAGACGCUCAUUCGAUGUCACUUCUCGCCGCCCGGCUCAACUGAUGGACGAUACAUUUAUUCUGGCUCACACGAUGGCAAGAUUUAUGUCUGGAAUCUCGACGGCACCGAAGCCGCCACACCCAUCAACGUGCUUGCAGCCACCAAGAACUCUCGGCCAGUCUCCGACGAGCGCUACGUUGAUCGCUACGACUAUUACGGCCGAGGCGGCGUCUGGAAAACUAUCGUCCGAGACUGCUCCUGGCAUCCGAGCGCUCCGGUCAUUGCGGCCACGAGCUGGAAUGGCUGGGAUCACGGUCUCGGCACAUGUACUGUUCACAGCUGGAACGAUGGCGUCGACGGAGAUGAAGUCGGUGAGCCUGAUGAUACCGGAGAGGCUUUCAACAAGGCCACUUCGCUUGGUGCUGCACCUAUGGGCGCUAGAGUCAAUGCUCAGCUGCAGCAUGAUGUCAGAUACUACCAUUCGCAGAAUCAGAAUGCUGCGAGGACGAGUAGGACUACGAGACUGCGAGAUCGAAUGGGGCUUGGAGCUCUCUUUGGUGGUGACGAUGAAUAAGGCAAAGGCUAUGUUUUCUAAAGUUCAGCUUUGAGCUCAAAUCUGAUGUCAGAAUAUAUCUAUCUGCUUACCGCCUAUCCGACAGAAUCUAUUACGAGAUACGAUGGCGUUGACUCAAUUCUUUCCGAUUUAUGGAUAUACGAGUCUAGCAUGUGUGUAUGAAGAUAAAUGGAAUUGUAUUGCUGUG